AUGAGAGCCAAUAUUGCUUGGUUGAAGAAGUUUAGACUGAGACGACGCGGGAAACACACCAACUUAACUGACUUACCUUUAGACAUCCUCGUCAAUAUCCUUACGAGACUACCUGUAAAGUCACUUUAUCGCAUUCGACGUUCAUCUAAGAUCUUGAAGAACAUAGUUGACGACCAGUCUUUCCUUACACUUCACACAUGGUUAGUUACUGCUACCAAUGCUGUUGCUGAAGUACCUCAACUUAUACUUAUUACUAACAUCGGCGUGACUUCUUUUGCGGCUGUACAAUUAUUCGAAUACGAUGGCAACUCCUCUUUGGAAAAGAGCAAACAUGCAGUUGUCUCAGAGAUUGGACUCACAGUCAAUCCUUGGAGCAAUCGACGAUUUGUUUUCUGCAACUUGUUUUUCUUCACCGUUGAGAACUUAUCAAAGUAUGAAAGCCCGUACGCUGUCUUAUUUGAUCCUUUUAAGGUAGAAGUUCUGCCGCUACCAAUGAUUGACGUCCAAGAUCCCAAAGAACGCUAUGGUGUGUAUGGUAUGGGAUUUGAUCAUUUAACCAGCACCCAUAAAAUUAUUCGUGUUUAUGUAAAUACCCAAAACAAUAUGGAGGCCCAAGUUAUUGUCUUGGGCACAAGCUCUUGGCGGAAGAUACGCUCAGUUCCUCCUUAUCUUUUAAGUACAUCAACAAGAUUAUUAUCUGCAAAUGGAGACAUGCAUUGGUUGAUUCAUCUGGUCGACGAAUUCUCAAAUAAAACGGAAAGUCAUAUAAUUUCUUUCGACUUCAAGAAAGAGGAGUUCUAUUGCACUCCACAUCCUAUUCAAUCAACGCGGAAUAUGCACCUAUUUAUUCUGAGAGGAUGUAUGGCAUUUAUGGCCAUCACAGGUACGGAGGUUGAGAUAUGGAUGCUGAAAAACUAUGAAAGAAAAGAGUGGACGCGUGAAUAUGCCAUAGAUCUUCGGGUUCAUGGUCGUACAUUGGAGGAUUAUUCGAGGAUUGCUGGUUGUGGUCAGUGGGAGCAUGGCAUUUUUUUCUUAGAUUCUCGCCGAAAUGCAUUGUUUUUCGAUGUAAGAUGUGAUUCCAUCAAAGAUGUGACCUAUCCAAUGUUAUGUCCUCGUCCUAGAAGCCCAGUGGUGAAUAUUGUGCCUAGUAUUCACAGUUGUACUCCGGGUCUGAUUUCCCUCAAACACUAUGGCAAUGUGAUUGACCAAGAACAAAUGUUGUUCGGUGUUAAUAAUAUUUGGAAUCCGGCGAGUUCAAAUGGACUUAAAAAAAAAUGCUAUUCUCAGAAGAACAUUACCGGAAGCGUAAAUUUAUCAACAAGAACAUUCUUGAAGUAG